ACUGGAACCAAAAAACAUAUUGCUAAAAUUUUCUUUCUACUUUUCCAGGAAAUCCCAUGCCAACCUUUGGCUCAAAAGUUCUUGUCUCCCACUUAAAGUAAUGCAAGAUUCAAAGCUAAUUCUUUUUUUAUAUUGGACUAGGCCAUGUUGAAAAAUGUUUAAAAAGUCAAAAACUGAAGCUGUCAACUAACAUAACCUUUGGAACAAAAAAUGUUAACACAACCUUAAUACAUCCAUUGGCAUUUUAGCCAUUCUCACCAGCAUUUUCCCACCAGUAACUUUCAUCAAGAUUCUUAAAGAGUUCAACAAUCUCAAGCCAUUUUACAGCUAGCAUAGAGUUGAAAGUAUGGUUUUUCAAGAAAAUAGAAGGUUUGAGUUAGUUUUAGGCAUUUUAGUAGCACUAAAUAUUUUGUGGGUGGCUAAAUCUCAGUGCAGUGAUGAUUGUGAUGCACUAGCUUCAUUUUAUGUAUGGAAUGGUACAAACCUCACUUUCAUAUCUAAUUCUUUUUCUACCACCAUCAAGAAUAUUCUUAGUUAUAACCCUCAGAUAACAAAUCCAGAUAUUAUUCGAUACCAAAGCAGAGUUAAUGUUCCCUUCUCAUGUGGCUGUGUUGAUGGGAAAUUCAUGGGCCAUCAGUUUGGUGUGAAGAUCAGGGCUGGUACUACUUAUCCAAGAAUCGCCCGGCUUUAUUAUUCGAACCUUACAACAGUUAAAAAUUUGCAGGAAUUAAACAGUUAUGAUCCUAACAAUGUUCCUGCAAAUUCUAUAGUAAAUGUUAUCGUGAACUGCUCUUGUGGGAAUAGUCGUGUGUCAAAAGAUUAUGGACUAUUUAUAACUUAUCCUCUUCGCCCUAAUGAGAAUUUGGUUACAGUAGCCAAUGAGUUUAAUCUACCACAGAAGUUGCUGGAAGACUAUAAUCCUGAAGCAAAUUUCAGCAGGGGCAGUGGUCUGGUUUUCAUUCCUGGAAAAGAUCAAAAUGGAACUUAUCCACCAUUAAGGACUUCUACAAGCUCAAAAGGAAUCUCUGGUGGAGCAAUAGCUGGCAUAUCGGUUGCAGCAGUUUCUGUUGUAGCCCUUUUAGCGGUUUGCCUCUAUCUUACCUUUUAUAGAGGCAGGAAAACAGAGGAAGAAUCGUUUCUUCACUUGGAACCUUACAAACAUAGUAGCAAUAAGCAUGUUCCUGGUCAUGGAAAUUUUGAGACUUCUUCAGAAGGGGGUCCUCUUAAUAAGGAUGCUUCUCCAGAGGCCCCAAGGAUCACCGUGGAUAAAUCUGUGGAAUUUUCAUAUGAUGAACUUGCUAGUGCCACUGACAACUUCAGCACAGACUACAAGAUUGGCCAAGGUGGUUUUGCAUCUGUUUACUAUGGAGAGUUAAGAGGCGAGAAAGCUGCUAUCAAGAAAAUGGAUAUGCAAGCAACAAAAGAGUUCCUUGCUGAGUUGAAGGUUUUGACCAAUGUUCAUCACUUGAACUUGGUACGUUUGAUAGGAUAUUGCAUUGAAGGAUCUUUGUUCUUAGUAUACGAAUACGUUGAAAAUGGAAACCUAAGCCAACACCUGCGUUUAAGUAAGGCACCAUUGCCAUGGUCUACCAGGGUGCAAAUUGCUCUGGAUGCAGCUAGAGGCCUAGAGUACAUCCAUGAACACACUGUUCCUGUUUACAUCCAUCGCGAUAUUAAAUCAGCCAACAUUUUGAUCAACAAAAACUUCCGUGCGAAGGUUGCUGACUUUGGGCUUACAAAACUGAUAGAAGCUGAAGGUGGUUCAUUGAACACUCGUGUCGUUGGUACUUUUGGUUACAUGGCCCCAGAGUAUGGUCAGUUUGGUGAUGUUUCUCCCAAAGUAGACGUAUAUGCAUUUGGGGUGGUGCUUUAUGAAUUAAUAUCUGCUAAACAAGCUAUUAUAAGGGCUGGUGAAACUGCUCCUGAAUCAAAGGGUCUUGUUACAAUGUUUGAGGAUGUGCUUGAUGAGGUUGAUCCUAGAGAAGGGAUAUCUAAAUUGAUAGAUCCAAAACUUGGUGAUGAUUACCCCCUGGAUUCAAUCUGGAAGGUGGCUCUUCUUGCCAAGGCCUGCACAAAUGAAAAUCCACAAUUGAGGCCAAGUAUGAGGUCAAUAGUAGUGGCUUUAAUGACUAUAUCAUCCUCAAGUGCAGAUUGGAACAUUGCUGGUUUUUAUGAAAACCAGGGCCUUGCCCAUCUCAUGUUAGGAAGGUAAGAAAUUCCAAAUUGGAGUUUAUUGGGCUACUCUUGAUAAGGAAAUUGGGCCAGAAGUUUACAGAAGUAACACUAGUACAUUUGUUUACAUCAACCUCAUGACACAUAUAGAACUUUUGCAAUAUUUUAAAAUUGGUAUUUAGUGUUGUUUUUUUUUUUUUUUUGG